AUGGAUUCGGGAACGCCCGACGACCGCCCGCACCAGCGCCAGAGAACGAACCCCGAGGGUACGAGAUGGGACCAGCAAACAACUCAAAUGGGACAGCUGCUCGCGCAGACAGCUCAACUCCAGCAACAAAUCCUACAGGCCCAGUCUCGCCCCAGGCCGACGCGAAAGAAAUCGGAUCCGCCGCGCUUCGAGGGCAACGACAACGACGACCUGGAACUCUGGAUCUUUAGUACAGAGCAGUACUACUCCGACUUUCAGACCGAGAUGCAGGAGUUCUCGUCGUCUUUCUUGGGCAUGGUAUUCGCUAACCUGGGCGUUGAUGCUCAAGCGUGGUUCCGAGAUUUGAAACUCUCGAUGGGCUCGAACGCGCUAACAUGGGCGCUGUUCAAGGAACAGAUCCGUGCUCGCUUUAGAGACAAGGAUUUCAAGUAG